UCCACCUACCGUUCUUCUCAUUUCGAUACAAUUCCAUUUUCUUCUUCUUCUUCUUCUCCCACACGACUCAAUUUCCUCUUUUAAAUUCUAAAGUUGACAGAAAAAAGAGUUACAAUAAUAUUCCUCUAUGAGAAGAGAAUCCAGAAAACCCUUUCGGCGUUCCUUUCAGGUAUAGUUGACUGGUAGAAAGGUGUUUGGACUUUGGGAGGUUGAGCAUGGCAUCUGUUUCCGGGUCUAAAGGUGGGGUGGUUGAUGAAACAUCUCCCGAUUUGUUGAAGAACACACCGUCGAAUAUUAGAAGGUUAGCAGAUGAAAUUGAGCACUUAGAGGGUAGGCAAAAAUACCUUGCUCAGACUACAAGUCCCUCAGAUGGUGGUGAUGUUCGUUGGUAUUUCUGCAAGUUGCCUUUGGCUGUAAAUCAGCCAGCUGCAGCAGUCCCCCAGGCAGAGAUAGUGGGGAAGGGUGAUUACUUCAGAUUUGGCAUGAGAGAUUCUCUUGCAAUUGAAGCUUCAUUCUUGCAGAGAGAGGAUGAGUUGCUUUCUUGUUGGUGGAAAGAGUAUGCGGAGUGCAGUGAGGGCCCAAAGGGGGCACCAGAUUUACUUAGUCCUGCAUCAGAAAAAUCAUCUUCGGAGAGCUCUCAAUUCGGUGAAGAGUAUUCAGUUGAAGAAGAAGAAAGAGUUGGGGUCCCUGUUAAGGGUGGCCUCUAUGAGGUAGAUUUGGUAAAGAGACAUUGUUUUCCUGUUUACUGGACCGGAGAAAACCGUCGUGUCUUAAGAGGUCACUGGUUUGCUCGUAAAGGGGGUCUGGAUUGGCUUCCGCUGCGUGAAGAUGUUGCUGAACAGUUGGAGUUUGCAUAUCGCAGUAAGGUUUGGCAUAGAAGAAGCUUUCAGCCAUCAGGGCUCUAUGCAGCUCGGAUCGAUAUGCAGGGCUUCAGCCCAGGACUGCAUGCUAUUUUCACAGGAGAAGAUGAUACUUGGGAAGCUUGGCUAAAUGCUGAUGCGUCUGGUUUCUCUAGUGCUAUGGGAUUUGGGGGGAAUGGCGUUAAGUUAAGGCGUGGAUAUGCUCCUCCUCAGUCAUCGAAACCAACACAGGAUGAAUUACGUCAACAAAAGGAGGAAGAAAUGGAUGAUUACUGCUCACAGGUCCCUGUUCGACAUCUGGUGUUCAUGGUUCAUGGUAUUGGUCAAAGGUUGGAAAAAUCAAAUCUUGUGGAUGAUGUUAGUGACUUUCGUCAUAUCACGUCAAUCCUUGCUGAACGACAUUUAACCUCGUACCAACGUGGCACUCAGAGAGUCCUCUUUAUCCCAUGCCAGUGGAGAAAGGGCUUAAAGCUUAGUGGUGAGACCACAGUUGAAAAAAUUACUUUAGAUGGUGUGCGGGGAUUGCGUGAGGUGUUGAGUGCAACAGUGCAUGAUGUGCUGUAUUACAUGAGCCCCAUUUACUGCCAGGCGAUUAUUGAUUCGGUCUCCAACCAGUUGAAUAAGUUAUACUUAAAGUUUCUUAAGAGGAAUCCCGGUUAUAGUGGAAAGAUUUCCUUAUAUGGUCAUUCCCUUGGGAGUGUCUUGUCAUAUGAUAUCCUAUGCCACCAAAUAAAACUUUCCUCCCCUUUUCCCAUGGAGUGGUUGUACAAAGAACAAAAUGAGGAUAAAUCAUCUCAGCCGGAUCAGAGCAACCUAUCUUUCGAUCACAACUCUGCCUCCAGUUUAGAUGAUGAAAGCUUUACUAGGGGAGAAAAUAAGAGUAAUCUGUCAGAUAAAGACAAAAUGAAGGCAGAACCGAGUAACCCCCUGGAAGCUUGUACAGAGGAUUUCUGUCAUCCAGUGGGUCCUCCUGCUUCAUCAGACUCAGACGAACCAGUUGCAACCGAUGAUUUCAAGCAAUCUAAUGAUUCCUCAGCGACUGAAAAUUAUCGUGAACCUCCUAUUGAUUGGACGCAUAAUAUCUAUGAGAGGGACACGAUAAUUGAAGCCGAGAAAAUGGAAGAUGCAAUAGUUGAGUUUGAUAAAAAAACAAUUGAUGAGGGAGCAUCUGAAAGUGACAAAGAUAGAACAAUCAAUUCACUGAGGGAAGAGAUUGAUAUGCUGAGAGCAAAAAUCCAAGAGUUAGAAUCUGAGUAUGUAAAGAAAGAAAAUGGAGGAACAAACACAGUUACAAGAAAUCAAUCUACUUCUGAAAGGCUUUCUCAUGAGGAGAGGGAUUCACCGAAGAGUUAUACUCCACAAAUAAGAUACACAAAGUUGAAAUUUAAGGUCGAUACAUAUUUCGCUGUUGGAUCCCCUCUUGGUGUUUUUCUUUCUCUUCGCAAUGCUCGUAUUGGGAUCGGCAAGGGGAAAGAUUACUGGGAAGAGGAUAACAUACUCGAAGAGAUGCCAGCUUGUCGACAAAUGUUCAACAUUUUCCACCCUUGUGAUCCUGUGGCAUACAGAUUAGAACCACUUGUCUGUAAAGAAUAUCUCAACAAACGCCCCGUCAUAAUACCCUACCACAGAGGUGGGAAACGACUGCAUAUUGGUUUUCAGGAAUUUAAAGAAGAAGUAGCUUUGCGUUCACAGGCUUUCGCGAACAAUAUAAAUUCUGUAAAGGUAAAGGUGAUUACUCUUUGUCAAUCAAGAUACAACAAUGGCGAAGAUGAGGAGUCCCAAGAGUACCAGGAGAAAGAAGAGAGGUCGUAUGGUUCAAUUAUGAUGGAGAGAUUAACUGGAAGUGAAGAUGGUCGAAUAGAUCAUGUUUUACAAGAUAAAACAUUUCGACAUGCAUACAUUUCAACCCUUGGAGCGCACACGAACUACUGGAGAGAUAAUGAUACAGCUCUUUUUAUUCUGAAACACUUGUAUCGGGAGAUACCAGAGGAUUCCUACUCGUCCCGUGAACCUUUGGAGGGAAAGUCAAAAGAUAAUAGUAAUACAGGGGCCUGGUGUGAUCAAAGAGAGGAGGCUGACGAGGAACUUCCGUUAACAUUUGCAGACAAAGUCACUGUGAAGAGCUUCUCUCAGAAAGCCCGAAAAACUCUGAAGUGGUGAAUGAUGCUGAUCUCCUAACCAAUUCUGGAUUUGCUUCAACACCAACCGGUAAAAGCACAAAUUUUUCCAUACCAGAGCUCAAACAAGGAGUGUUGAAGGUAUACUUACCAUGUACUAUGCUCAAAGUAUCCUCCAUUUGCUUGGUGGGAUCAUUUCUGAACCAUGUUCUGGAGAAUAUAUUACACUGGUUUCAGAAUUUGAUGUGAACCGAGGCAUUUCUCCACAUCUGCGAUGUUCAACUCUAGUAUCAGACUGAUCUCCAUCUUAAACGGAAAAUGAGGAACAUAAGCAAGGUCCUCCAGUGUAUACGGUGAAAGGGGAUAUGCAUAGCGACUCGAGCCAUUUGUGAAUACUUGUUUUUAGUUGUAGAUUUCAGGCAUUGACAUGUAAAUAUAUGUGGCUCUCAGAAAGUUCUAAUGUGCAACUUAAUUUGUAUUUUUUAUUGUUAUUCCUCGUUGGACAUUUCCUCAGUUCUUUUUUAAAUCCUCCAUUAUCCGUAUCAGAGAUGGCUGGAGCAUGGGUUCAAUGUGUUGUUUUCGGCAUAGAGUGGAUAUUAAAUACUUAACUUAUAAUUUUAGAAGUGCAAUGAGUAUAGUGGUAAGAAUCUAGAGGUUGAAGUCAUUAAGUUUAAAUUUCAGACUUGCCCCUCUUUUCCCAUUUUCCCUUCCCUGUAUCCUAAUAAAAUGUUAAAACUCCCAACUUAUGUUUUGUUAUUCUUGUAGUACACUUUUUUAUUA